AUGAGCAAAAAAGAAGGGGAAAUUAUUUUUCCGUUAAAACCAGCCGGCCCACCGAAAGUGUGGAAAACUAUCGAAAUCAAAAAGAAAGACACAGAUGUUCCGAUAAAAUUCUCUAUUCAAGAGAUACCAGAAGACAGAUUCGAGGAUGUGAUUGAUCAUAUGUGUAAAUAUUUCCUCGCGGACGAGCCCAUGUCUAAUUCCUUGAAUGGAAUAAACGAACCUGAAUACGUAGAAACUUUUAGAAUUUUUUGGAAUAAAUUUUUGAAACAAGGUUUAUCAGUGGCGGCGUUCACGGAAAACGUGAAUGGCGGUAAACCUAUAAUCGCGGGAUGCAACAUACUUGGAUUGAGUUUCAAAGGGGAGAAAUUAGAUUAUAACGUGAUUAAAUCGGAAAAUGGGAAGAAAGUAAUGAAAAUUAUUGACGAGUUGAGCAAAAAGGCAAAUGUGUAUGAGAAAUAUGGGGUGGAUAAAUAUAUGACCGCCUUUGGCCUUUCGGUGAGUCCAUCCUACAGAGGAGCCGCUCUAGGCGGUCAUCUUCUUGAUGCCAGAGUGGAUAUUGGCCGUGAAUACAAUAUUUCAGUAACGUCCACAAUGUUCACCUCACCGAUUUCUCAGAAACUAGCCGCACGAUGUGGAUUUGAAACUUUACUUGAGAAAGAUUACGUGGAUAUGGUGGAUGAAAAAGGAAAUCAAGUGUUACCAGAUAUCAAAGUGAAAUCUUUGAAAGUGAUGAGCAAGAAGCUCUUUUAAUCGAAUCGUAUUAUAAAUCGAAUUAUAAAUAUUUAAUUUUGUUUAUUAAUUAGUUUCAAAGAUAAUAUUCUUUGAAAAGUUAUUUUAAUUUUUUUAUUAUAUAUAUAUAUAUAUAUAUAUAUAUAUUUUUGAUAAUUUCAUUUUUUAAAAAUGGUAAUCGAUGUGAAAUAUAUUUACAUAUUUCAAUGUAUGAUAUUUUACUUAGAAUAUUUUAUCAUAUUAUUUUUUCAAAAUUACUUAGAUUUAUUUGCAAAGAAAUAAGAAAUAACUUUUAAUAUUAUUUUUAAAAAUUUUAUUAUAAAAAAUUAUCAUGUGAUUUAUGUAACUUUAUUUGAAGUAUGAUUGCAAAAGAGUAAAAGUUUGUAAUCUAAUCAACUUUUAACUUGUUGAUUUUCUUAAUCUUAUUUUGAUAAACAAUUGAUAAUAUUCUCAACAACUGGAAAAACAGACGCUCUUGGAAAGUUAGAAAAAACUAAAAAAAUAAAGCAUGAUAAACCAUGUAUUUUUGAAAUCGUGACAGCCAAAACAUAUGCAGAAAGAACUUUUGGAUCAACCUAAGAAAUAUUGAAAAGUCGUAUACAUAUCAUAAUAGUUGCUUAUCACUGCGAAAAAGAAUACAAAUAUACAAUCUCUGAUAGUGCGAAUUAUGAGAAAUGCGAGUAAUGAAGUGAUACGGGUCUAUUUCCUGGCGUAACAAGAGGCACAAGACGAGCAAAUUACCUAACAAUGGGACAAACGAUUUCAAUUUGUGUCAAUAGGAAAUUUUAUCUCCACUAUUCAACACUUGUCGAGAGUAAUAAUAGUGCAAAAAUUUUAAAAAUUUUCUGCUUUUUUUUUGGUAAUAAAGAAUUCUAAAGAACUUAUAAAAAAAUAAAAAAAUUCAUGAAAAGAGAAAAAGAAAAAAUUUUUCUCUCCUAAAAAGUAGUUAUACACAGAACCGAUCGAUAAAAAAAACAUGCACUGAAUUUCUAAACUGAAUUCCUAAACAGCGACGUAUCAAUAAAGUUAAUGAAAAAUAUUUGUUGACUUAUGAAACGACGUUGAUAAAAAAUCUUUUGUUGCUUUGUCUCCUACGUCCAAUAUGUUGCAACGCGACGUGCUUCGAAUUUCGAUAAUUUCACGAUAAGCACUCGAUGACUAACUGUUUUACCAUCGGUGCAUGCUGAAAAUAUGGGCGAAUGCACUUCCGCUUAUAUCGAUAAGUAGCAACAAUGCGUGGCAUUAUACAGAUACGUGUGUUACGAAAUUCGAAUGACAAUCAUCGUAUUUUACCUUCUACGGCAAAAUGCAUGUCUAAAGCAUACUCAUUAAUAAGAUUGCCGUUCGAUGUUCGAUUAAUUAUCAUUCAUUGCUAUAAUUACAUCGAGCAGACAGUUAUUUCUCGCUCUCUAUUCAGUUUUGUAUACAUAUAUGUAUAUAUAGAAUGAUCAAAUAGAUAUCGAUAAUUCAGUGAAUCUAUACAUUGGAAUAAAUAAAGAAUAUAAAAAAUGUAAUGGGAUGAAUAUGAAUGAAAUAUAUAUAAUGCAUACGUAUAAUUUUAAAAUUUAUAUGAUAAUUAAUUGAGAUAAUUCAAAAAAAAUUAUCGAUAGACAUUUGAUUAUUAUACAUAUUAAACAAGUAAAAAAAUGAAAAUUAUAUUCAAUCGUAACUUUAGUUAAUAAAAAAAUAUUGUGAAAAUUA